AUGACCGAAGAACUGGACGCACUCAAGGCAAAUGACUUCUGGGAGAUCGUUGUGCCACCAGAAAUGCACACGUUCUACACAACAAAUGGGUCUACAAGACAAAGACCGACGCGAACGGAAACAUCGAGCGGUACAAAGCUCGUUUGGUGGUUUGUGGAAACGAACAAGUGUUCGGAGUGGACUACCCACCACGUUCGCAGCGGUCAUGGACUCGGGAACGGUAAAGCUGAUCCUGGUGCUUCCGAGACGCUGGAAGGUACCGGCGCGCCACGGUGA